AGAACACACCCAUAGCACGCGCGCGCGCGCACACACUACAGUAGAGAGAGAGAGAGGCAGAUGGAGCUGCUGCUGCUCUGAGUGCUCUGGGUUGCGGUCAUCUGAAUGAAUGACAGCUCUACCAACAGCUCACAACAAUGACACGUGAAGGACUUGUCUUUUUAUGUGGGUUUGGGUUUCUCCAAAUGCUGCAUGUGACUGAAGGAAACACCGGAGGAUGCAAGUGUCCACCUUCCAGCAUUUUGUCUAAGUUUCCACCUCUGAUACCCAACGACACUUGCUGCUUGAACUACUCAGGAUCUACGUUCAGCCUAGUGCCCUGGGCAGCUUUUUCAUCGCAGACAAAUCUGCAAGUUUUGGACUUGUCUAACUGUAAUAUCAGUAAGAUUGAAGACGGUGAUGCUGUCAGUUCAUUGAGAGAGCUGUACCUCAGCCAGAACAGACUCACAUCUCUCCCAAAUGGCUUCCUCACAAAAGCCUAUAGUUUGGAAGUGCUGGAUUUGGGAGUGAAUAAUCUGAAGGACUUGCCCAAGCGAUUUCUCCAAAGCUCGCAUAAACUACGAGAGCUGAUCUUGGGCUGGAACCAGCUGAGCGCUCUUCCUCAGUCAUCACUAAAGCCUUCACUACAACAUCUAGAGCUCGUUGGAAACCCCUUGGCCUGCACGUGUUCGCUGUGGGAAGGUCUUCGAAGUCAUCUUCAUGACAACUCCAGCAGCUUUCAGGACCUCGUAGGUAAUCUGACCUGUGCCUCUCCUCACAUUCUGGCAGGGCGGACUCUUUGGUCUUUGACAACCAGUGAUGUGUGCCACCUGGCCAACCUGACCGCUCUCUUCAUCCUGCUUCCCCUGUUCCUCCUCUUCAGUUUAGUGCUCUGCUGGUGCUGUGGCAGGAAGAAGAAGAAGAAAGAGACCUCAUCUUUUAGUCCGACUCGAAAAAGACACAACUCCUCCCACUGCAACGGACGGUGGCCACAUGCCAAACUGCCCACCGGGGACUCGGCAGUUUCAGUAAACAGUGGAAAGGAGGUUAUACUGAGGAACCAGCUGAUGCUUCAGCCCUCGUCCAACUUGUUAGGCAGCACUCGGGACAUUUAUGAGGAGGUAGAGAUCAAACUGGGCUCUGUGGACUCGCUGGCUCCUCCGCCAUCCACUUGUUCCACUGAAGGAACUCCAGGAAAGCAGGACCUAGACACAGUGAGUGUAAGCGAGGUGAUGAAGGACUCUGCCGAUCGGGAGAAGGUGUACCUGACCCAGUCCACUGAAUACUACAGCCUGGUUCCCGGGAUUGAAAUUGAGGACUCAGAUCAUGGAGAAUAUGAAAGCGUGGACCUUUCGUGACACUGCAGAAAAUGGUGCGUGAAUAUACACUCUUAAAAUAAAGGUUCCAUUGGGUGGUUUCACAGCAGUGACUUGAGGGGUUCUCAAACUGGACAAAUGUUUUCAUUCUUUCUAGAAAAAUUUGCAGAUGUAUGUGUUUGAUGCGCUUGCAUGGCAGUGACUGGCAAUAAGUUUAGUUACAGAAAUUUAGAUUAGGGUCUAAUCCAAUAUAAUAGGAACUAACCAAGGCUUAAUUUGUGCCGGAACACGCAAGAUCCGGAACCUCUGAAAUCUAAUCCGGCACCUCAUUUUACCGAUCCCCCUCUUCCCCGUCUGCUGUUCACUUUCACUUUCUUCCGUGACUCCCCAACCCUCUUUGCUUUCAUUUGCAACAAACCCUCACUCUUCACUUUUGUCCUUCAUCCGCGACAUCCUCCGUCAUCCAAUGACCCCCGACCAAUGACUCUCCUCUUUUGUGCGUAACACAUCUCCAUCCUUACCUUGAUCCAUUACCUGGAUCUGUUCCGGGACCUUGCAAGUCACAAAUUAAUCACUGGAACUAACAGUGAAGAAAGUGUAAACAGAUUGACCUUUUUUAUCUUGUAGUCUACAUUUCAUCCCCAUUUUAAUGAAAACCACAACACAAUGAUGUCCUCCAUCCUCCAGUUGUCGAUGUUACCAUGUGUGCCAUGAUUAUGGUCAGUAUAUGUCGCUUCAGAGUUGCAAGGCAACCAGGAAUAUGGCCUAUGGGUGAUAUUAGUUCUCAGGUCACUGGCUUAAUGGCUGGUUCUGAUAAAUGACCUAGGGCUGGUUGCACCAGUAGUGCGUACGUUAAAACGUAGCCUAGUUGUGACUUAAAGCAAUACUAAGUUACAAUUAAAGCAUUACUAAAUAUUUUAAGUUGCAACACUGAAUUCAGUUUAAACAAAAAAAAGAGACGACAGCCAGAUUAGUUUACAUUGAGGAGCUCGAGAUGACAAUGAAGAAUGAUCUCCUUCACAGACUUAUUUUCCUCCCAAAUCUCGCUUUUUUUUUAGUUUAUAAAAAGAAGAGUUUAAUUUUGUUUCAAGGAAUAUUGUAUCGAUCAAUUAAUUCGAGAACUUCUUCGCGACUGAGUUAUUCUCUCUGCUCUUUUCUCUUUCACGUGUAGGAUAUAAAAAAAUUCAAGUUUAAUUCUUUGAUGACUUCAUGUGUAUUUUGUGUGCUCUACGGCUCGAGUUGGAGAUAUGUGCGUCUGUUAUUAGUGAAUGACUGUAAUAUAAUUUAUUUUCAUACAUCAGAUAUAUAAUUGCAGAAUUUUAAAGCAUUUAAUGAUUUAAAUCCUUUUUAUUGGAUAUUACGUCAUUCAGUGUGACUACGCUGGACUAUACAAAGAGUCUAUGGUCUGUCUUAAGAAAAUGUGGUGCAACCGAAGUGAGAACAAAUUUGGUUUCAAACUAGCUAUUAGUAAAUAAGCCUCUCAUGUGGACUUUACGUUUCAGUUUAAGAAAGAACUUAUGAACAACUGGUGCAGCCCUACCCUGGUGAGUAAGGGUGUACUCACACUAGGCUAUCCGAACCAUGCCUGAGCACAUUUGACCCCCAUUUUCCAGUUCGUGACUAGUGUGAAUGCUCUGUACCACACCCAAGCGUGGAUCAGUUGGCUGGCCCUAUCCUAGUUGGAAGAGGUGGGCCAGAGGGGGUUUGGGCAUGGCACACGUAGUGUGUUGCAAAGUGUGCACGAGUGCAAAACUGAAGACAUGAGAUCACUUUUAGAGAACUGCUGCAUAUGAAUUUAUUACUUAUUCUUACUUUUAAGUGACAUGAACUAUCAUAGGUUAUUAAAGAUGCAAACCCCUUGCUGCAUUUCAGCUACCACCUUCAGCUAUGUGCAGCAGAUGACAUUUAUGAAAAUCUAUGAGCGUCAAAAGCGUUGGAUCUGUUCAGCAAAAUAUUCUGUUUGUCACUGCGUCCCAAACAACUCAAAAUAACACAGCACGCUCUGGCUCGGUUGAGAAGGGUCUGGAUGCAGACUUGUUGCAGACUUGUUGCAAGGUGAGCUUUAUCCAUUGCUUUUAAUAAGCACACCUAACCCCACCCCUCACGGUGACAUCACUAACUCCAUUGAGUCUGACAUUGCCUAUCUGAGAUAUGCAGUCUCAGUUUGCAAAUCCAAGUCUGCAUCCAGAUGCUAUUCGCUCGGUUGGUAAAAAUGCAAUGUGGGUGAGGGCCUCCUAGAAACUACGAUAUAGAGAGAACUACUUUUUUUUUCCUCUUUCUAAUUUCCUGGUUGCAUUCACGGCAUCAAUAGGAACUGUAAAGUAACAAAAGUUCCCAAACAGUGACAUCAAGCCCUGCGUUCAACAGAAUAAACUACUGCAGGAUGGAGGAUGCAGUGAUCAAAGCUGUGUAUUCAGAGAUGGAAUGUAGAUCUAUAAAUCAUAGAGAGAAAAAAGGAAACCUAAAUCACCUCUGGCAACUUAAUCCAUAUAGUGGUUUAAAAAAAACUGCACACAAAACACCACAGAAAAAGGAAACCAUUAAAUGCAGGAAAACAUUUGUUUUCUGAAAUAUGUAUAUAUCCUGUAACACUUUAAAAUACUGUGUUAGUGUUUAGUGCCAAAUCAGUGUGAGCUUACAUAACUGUAGUUCCUAUUGAUCUGGAUUAUACCCUACUUUGGAGAUGGAGGUAAUUAAGUUUCCCCAAAAGUUGUUCCUAUAACCAAUCAAUCUCGGUUUUGAACACACCGAAAGCGUCUCUCAUUAAUAGUUUGAUGAGAACCCCUAACGGAUUUGUUCUUAUAUGAACUACACACUUAAAUAUCUUUGGGAGCAAAAGAACUUCAAGUUCUGCUUGAAACCCCAGAUGCUGGUAAAGAACCUUUAUUUUUAAGAGUGUACCCAAAGAUGCUAAUAAGUACACUGGAGUUUUGUCUAUGUUGAACUGGACCACUGGCCAUGAUGUUUUCCAUGAUGCUGGUAAUAAAGGAAGUCAAUGCGCCAGUGCGAAGCCAUUACCUUUGCAUACAACAUGAAUGAAAUAUUGUACUGAUAAAGUGUCAAACAGAACUGUUUGCAGACUCAAACAGACUGUUGCCAAGAUAAGCUAUCAUAUAGCUGUCGCCUGGAUAUUUUCAUGAUGUUACGAUUUUUAUAUCUUCUCCAUCUACUGAUUUAUAGACAGACAGGAUGUUUUUACUAUUGUAAGAUUACUUUGUGCUUCACAUUCAUUUACAGUGUUUAGUGCCGAUGUAUUGUGUAUUUGGUGUCGAACAUAGAAAGAAAUAUAGAAAGAAAGAAAAAAACUAAAGAGAACCACAGUACAGCCUGUUAAACUUGCAGUUGUAAUUACAUUUUAAAGCAGUGAUUUGCUAGAGUUUGGCUGACUGACACAAAAAUAUGGAGGAUUACUGUUUUUAUAACUGUGUUGCAAGCAGCAACUGUUUUGUCAAUAGGAUCUAGUCUGUAUCUGCAGUUGGCCACAGCUGAUGUAAUCAUUAUUUUGGCUUUGUUAAUAAUUAAUUUAGUUUAAAAACUUGUAUAAUCAAAUCAACAGAACAGCUGUAGUCAAAUGAACGGACUCUCAGAUAAGAUCAGGCUGAAUUAGCAAGUAAAAUUUAAGAUAAGCAGAUUUCAGUGGAAAGACUAAAUAAAGGAAGAGAGGUCAUGUACAUACACCACACAGAACAAAUAACACUCAGAGUUUACUGAUAAACAUGACUACUGUCUUUAAUGAUAUUAGACGGAAAUUAAAUUUUAACAGAAAGCUAAAUAUUAAUGUACAAAAUUAGAGAUGCAGCCUUCACGGUUAACUCAAAUAAAUUAAUUAUAAAAUAGCAAAAAUGAAAUAAAUAAAAUAGAAAUAUUAAGGAAAAAUGAUCAAAUGACAUUAAACUUUCAAUAAAUUUUUAUUAAAAUGUAUAAUAUAUUAUGUUAAAAUAAAAUUACAAAUAUAAAAGUGAUUUAUUAGAAACCCGAUGAUGAAGAUGAUGAUAAUAAAACAGAGAUUGACAAAACGCACAGUUUUUAUAAUCCUGGAUGCAUCUGAGUUACACUGGAAAUGAAUUUUUUGUAUGAAUUUAUUGAGAGCUUGAUUGCAAAAAUAAAUGCAUUUCAUUCUUGGCUUUAAAUAAAAGCUUUUUCACAUAA